AUGAACCCCGCCGGCGUGAUAGGCACCGCCGGUGAUGACGGCAGCAGCAUCAACAACAGCAACAGCAAUAGCACUCCACCACUGCCAGUAAUAGCAGUGGAGGCAUCGGGUAGCGAACCGCCGAGGCGUGUCUUCACGCCCACGUGCCCGAAGUGCAAAGCGACGUUUGCUGCGCCGCGCAGGGAUCUGCCGCCGAAGCGGUGGGACUGCCCGACGAAGGGCUGCGGUGGGAAGUUGUGGCAGCCGGACGAGGCUUCGCAGACGUGUGACGUCUGUGGUGCAUCGGUGGCUCGCUUUACGCGGCACCAUUGCCGCCGCUGCGGCUACGUGACGUGCGCCAGCUGCCUCGCCUUUCAUAGUGUCUAUGCGGAGUGGUCGCUGACGGAGAAGCAGCGUGUGUGCCGGCGCUGCGCGGUGCCGGAGGUGCCGGUGGCAAUGUCGGGGUGGCUGCUAAAGCUUGGCCAGCGCUCCGCGUUCUUCGGUGAGAAGUUCCACUCGCGCUACUUUGAACUACGUGGGACGGUGCUGAUGUACGGCAAGUUGAAGGGCAGCGGCGAGGCAGCGGAGCCGUUCUCGCUCAGUCACCACCAGCCGCUGCAGAAGAAGAACGAUGCUGGUGAAAGCGGUAACAAUAACUGCGUCAGCGACCAGCUAUCCGCUUCCAGCAACACUGCUGGUGGUGGCGGUACUCUUCUCACCGGACGCAUUGACGCGAGCGGCGCGAAGGUGAUGGACGUGGCGAUUCACCCGCACGCCUUCUGCAUCGUCGGCCCGCGACUGCCGCGCGGCUACGUGCUGUCAGCGCCGAGCCUCGAGGAGAAGACGCGGUGGGUGGUGGCGAUUAAGGAGCAGGUGGCGCGGGCGCGGCUGCAGCAGGGCGAGGAGGACUACGAGGAUGACCUGGAGCACACGGAGCAGGUGCUGUACGCCGGCAGCGGCGCCGACGAGGACCAGAACGUGUCGGUGCACGACUUCGAGCUGCUCACUGUCGUUGGUCUCGGCAGCUUCGGGCGCGUGAUGCGGGUGCGGCACAAGGCAACCGGCAACAUAUACGCCAUGAAGAUCCUCGACAAGCAGCAGGUCGUGCAGCACAAGAUGGUGUCGCACACCAACGCGGAGAAGCUGAUCCUGAGCGAGAUCGCGCACCCCUUUGUGGUGAAGAUGCACUACGCCUUCCAGACGCGGCGGCAUCUCAUUCUCGUCCUGGAGUUCCUCUGCGGCGGCGAGCUCUUCUUCCACCUGCAGCGCUGCAAGCGCUUCAGCGAGCAGCGCGCGCGCUUCUACGCCGCGGAGAUCGGCAUGGCGGUGGACUACAUCCACAGCAGAAACGUGCUGUACCGCGACCUGAAGCCGGAGAACCUGGUGCUCGACCGCGACGGCCACGUCGUGCUGACGGACUUCGGCCUGGCGAAGCGCGAGCUCGCCGACGACGCGCGUACGCACACCUUCUGCGGCACGCCCGAGUACAUGGCGCCGGAACUCGUGCAGAAGUCCGGCCACACGACGGCGGUCGACUGGUGGAGCCUCGGCGUGUUCCUCUACGAGAUGGUGCACGGUCUGCCGCCCUUCUACUCGCAGAACGUGGCGGAGAUGUACGACAUGAUUCUGCACAAGCCGCUUGUCUUCCCGCCGCACUUCUCCCCGGAGCUCAAGGCGCUGCUGCAGCGGCUGCUCGAGAAGGACCCAGCGAAGCGCAUGACGAGUGGCGCAGAGUUCCGUGCGCACCCAUUCUUCAGCGGCCUCGACUUCGACAUGCUGCUUCGGCGCGAGAUUAAGCCAGAGUUUGUGCCGGACGUGAAGCGCAGCGAACUGCGAUACUUCGACAAGCGCUUCCUGCAGGAGAGCACGAAGAUCGCGCAGCUCGACCAGCCGUACGACCCGAGUGACCCGAUGAGCCGGGAGUUUGGGGUAUUUGAUAGCAGCACAAAGCCGUCUCCAGAAGUAGCAGCGUCGCCUUCAUAA